AGGGAAACAUCCUGAUGACGAAACAAGUGGAGUUGAAAGUCAGAGUCUGUCAGGUGGAGGUGGAGGAGGGGGCGGAGUCUGUCCAGCUGCCCUUCAAAACCACACAAAACCUGCCUGAAGAUGCUGAAGUGGAGUGGAGACUCGUGCAGUCAGCGCAUCAACAAAGUGCGUGUAGGCUAGCCGCUGCCUUCUGCUCCAGACGGUAUGUUCUGUCCAACAGAGUCGUGCUUUGUCCUCGCCUGAACGGCCACAGUGCUGUUAUGCCAUACUACAGCUCCAACUCAAAGGAUGAGCUGCACGUUAGAUACCUGGACGGAGAAGACAGCGGUAUUGUCGUCGUUGGAAUAAAUCGACCAAAAGCCAAAAAUGCCAUAAACAAAAAUCUUGUGAAAAUGAUGUUUGAAGCUGUGGAGGACAUCAAGAAGAAUAAAAAAGUGCGCAGUGUAAUUUUAUGUAGUUUAGUUCCUGGUAUAUUUUGUGCAGGUGCAGAUCUGAAGGAGAGGGCCAAGAUGCACCAGAGCGAAGUGGGACCAUUUGUAUCCAAAGCAAGAGCCCUCAUUACAGAGCUAGGAAACCUGCCAGUACCAACAAUUGCUGCAAUUGAUGGUGCUGCCUUAGGAGGAGGUUUGGAAAUGGCCCUUGCUUGUGACAUCAGAAUUUCCUCCAAUACUGCCAAAAUGGGACUAGUUGAGACUAAACUUGCAAUUAUUCCUGGAGCAGGUGGUACACAACGUCUCCCUAGGGUGAUUGGCGUCUCUCUAGCCAAGGAGCUCAUCUUUGCUGCACGAGUGGUUGAUGGAACACAGGCGCAACAAAUGGGUCUUGUCAGUCAUUCUGUGGAGCAGAAUAACAGUGGAGAUGCUGCCUACUUGAGGGCUCUGGAGCUUGCACGGGAGAUUAACCCCCAGGGCCCAAUUGCAAUAAGGAUGGCAAAGUUGGCAAUUAACCAGGGGAUAGAGGUGGAUUUAUCUACAGGUCUGGCAAUAGAAGAGGCUUGUUAUUCCCAGGUGAUACCAACCAAAGACCGUUUGGAAGGCUUGUCUGCUUUCAAGGAGAAGAGGCAGCCUCAGUACAAAGGGGAAUGAAGUCAUCGUUCCAGAAUCGAUCAGUUCUGCCUUCAGCUCUGCUACUGUUCCUCUGCUUCCAACAUAAAUUAUGGGUCAGACUAAACUCGUCAACACAUUAGCCCUUACAUCAUAGUUGACAGCUGGACCUUAGGGGUCAUUGUGGGCUGGUGUUUCAGGCUAAAGCACUUUCUGACUUUGAUAAUUCUAUUCACUUUUAUUUAUAGAGUGACAAUUUAUGACAGCAGUCACCACAAGGUGCUUUAAAUUGUAAAGUAAAGAAUUUACAACUAAUCACAUUAAGAUUUGGAGAAACAAAGCAAACUAACCCAGCUAAGUUAAAUGUGUCCUGCUGUGUUCAUGUCUGCAUAAAACAGUUUUUGAUUCCCUUUACCAAAGUGAAGUGAAUGGAGAUGGUUUGAUUUCUUACUUUUGGGGCCUCAAUGUGCUAGUAACAAAAAAAUCCUUCAGAUUAACUGGUUAAAAAUCAUUAAUUGUUAUUUUCCUAAAAGUCAGUUUUUGGUGCCAAAUUAAUCUGAAUAAAAACUUAUCUCAACUCUAUAAUUUACCAAAAAAAGAUCUGAGCGACUUGAUUACUGGUCAGAGCUUGACACUUUUCCCCAUAGCAAAUAGCAAACAUAAGCUAAACUAUUUUCUUUACAUGUCAUCUUUACUUGCUGCCCAAGUUUGUUACUUACAACAUCAUAUUAAAGUGUUUUUUUGUUUUGUUUUGUUUUUUUAAAUAUAAACAUUCUUGAAAAAUAUGAGGGGUGCUUAAAGCUUACAUCGCCUGAAACGAUCUGAAAUCGGCUCGUCUUCCUUUACAGCAACUUUGUUCCGAUUGGCCCUUGAAUCCCUUGAACAGCACAACAGUGUGUUGUACUUCUUUGUUGACAGCCAGAGCCACACCUGAGAUAACGAUAUUAAGGAUAUCAGUUCUGACAUCAUACAAGGUUAAGAGGGGAUGUGAGGAAUGACGGCCCAAAGUGCAGGACUUUAUGAUGAAGGCAGUGCGUUUAUUUACAGUGGUGUAAUGAUCCAAACAAGAAUAAAUCCCCAGUAUGAUCCCAACUCCAGUUCCGUGUCUUCUUCUCAGUGCCCGUGCUCCGUGUCGCCGCUCCCGUGAAACUUGUGCUCGCUGCUCUCCCGUUCCCGCACUCCUGCUGGAAAUCCACAAAGGCAGCCGUUAACCCACAACUCAAAAAACAUCUCCGCCAACACAACAAAAAACCCCAGUUCAAUAGUCCAACCGCUGCCCUAGUGGCAGCAACACAGUUCUGGCGGCCGACCCCGGUGGAUGGCAAAACAGGCGAGACCCGUGCUGGGUUAGGCAGUGGCGGCCAAACAGUUCAGGUGGCCUACCUCUAACCCCUUGGUGGAAGCGCUGCAGCACCUCCUGCUGUCAG